AUGCAACUUUCACUCAUUUUCACUACACUCGUUACAUUUGCCGCUAUUGCUGCAUCACAUUCAACACCAAAAUUGGUCAGAAAGCAUACUUGUGAGGAUUCAUGCUACUCUUCUUUAGCUAAGCGCCAGGAGCUUUCCUCCAACCUCGUUGGUUAUCUUAACACCAGGCUUGAAAUGCGUGAUACACCUGACACGUCUGAUACACCUGACACGCCUGAUUCUUCCGACUCCCCCGACUCUGAUACCGACUCCGAUACCGACUCUGAUACCGAAUCUGAUGAUAAGUCCGCCAGCUCUGACACAGCUGAUGAUGUCAACAAUGACGACACUGGGCACAAGGAUGUUGGAUCUCACCACGUCCACAAGCAAAGCUCCACCCCUCCUGAUUCUAAGUCUACCGACUCUGACUCAACCAACAAAGGCAAUGACAAGAGCGCCGUGGCGCACGAGGAGGUUGAAUCUUAUGUCCACAAGAGAAAACGAGAAGCAUUACCAGUAGGCAAUAUAUCCAAGAGUAGUAAGCUUUUGAAUUGGGGAGGGGUCGCCAGUCGUGGUACAGAGUUGAAUGUCAUGGUGUUACGGCAUCAGCGCGCAGAUGUUGAGAACUCAAUCAACGAGUUUAGUGUAUCGGAUAAGUACCUGUUGACAAUGAGGUGUUCACUGUUGGCAGCGGGCAUCAAGGUGCCCAUGAUUGACUAG